AUGGUUCGGUACGCGACAAAAUUUGGCAUCGAACAUCCUUAUACGAUUCCAAAUAAAGGACCGACACCAAAAAUCGAUAAAGAAGAAGGUUUACCAUUGGGUAAAUUAGAUAUUGCAUGGGUUAAAGAUUCUAUAAAAAAAGAUUAUCACUGGAGCAGAGGUUUAAAAUGGUACGAAAGACUUCACGCCCACGCAACGUUAAACAGCGCGAGAAAAAAUGUUAAAUGUAAAAGACCUUUUGAACCUAAAGAUUCACUGGAUUUACUUUUGGAUGCUGUAUACUGUCCAACACUUGGAGUUUUUUUCAAUAAAACUGAUCCUUGUCUCCAGAAAGACACGGUUUUCGAUGAAAAUUCAUGGAAUAAUGAAAAUAAUAAAAAUACUAAAAUAAAUAAGAGAAAUUUUAAUAAUAAAACAUUUUCCGAAGAAGGCGGUUUUUAUAAUUAUUGCAAUUACGACAUAAGGAAACCGUUUAAAUUUGUUAAAUUGAGUAAAAAAACCGAUGGAAAAUUGAAUUUCGAAUCCGGAUCCUGGAGACUUUUGAGAAAUCGCGUUUACGUUUAUCCAGAUGUUUCCGUACCGAGAAAUUAUCCGAUUAUUUACUCUAUGGGCGGAGUUGAAAGAAGAGAAAAUAUUCACAGCGUUAAAUUGGGCAUUGCUACCGAUCACAGUCCUCAAACUAAUCCCGGAUAUUCCAGAACUCCAUGCGGAGCUUUUUACAGCAUAUAA